AUGAGACUAGUGUUGAUUUAUGCCUUCUAUCGUGGAGGGUUGAUACGUCAGGAUUUUGAAAAAUUGAUUCGAUUCAUUGGGGUUAACGAUAAGUAUAUCACUGGAUUGGUUGAAAAGUGCUUUAAUAAUGUCGAAAAAUUAGGAUUCCAGGUGUUUAAACAACAAGUCAAGGAUAAACCUUUCCAUAAGGAAAUGUACCAUGUAAUUAAUAAUGAAGGUACUUAUAACACAUCAAGAUACACUCCGGGGGUUAAAAGGAUCAUGCAGAAUGCAGGUAAAUAUUCAUUGGACAGAGAUUGGUUCCCUUAUUUCAGAGAUCAACCAUUAGAUGAAGAUUUACCUACUACCAAUACUCGUAUGGCAUCAACUGGGGACAUUAAGGAUACACAAUCAAGCGGAUCAUUGAGGAAUACAAGAAUAAAGGCCUCUUGGGCUUCGGCAUCAUCCAGAAACACGAUGACACUAGCAUCUGCAGCUAAAUCCAAACAACGUGUCUUUUGUUAUGUUGCUGGAGGGAUGACAUAUAGUGAGAUGAGAUCUAUUUAUGAAUUGACCUCUAGCAUGAAUAAAGAAUUCUACAUCGGAUCUGAAUGUAUUUUAAAACCAAGAGAUUUCUUAAUUGGAUUACAAAGUAUUGAUAAAAGUAAAAACCCUGCCAAUUUGAAUUUGAAUAUUACCAAAGAAUUAGAAAAAUCUAAUGAUCCUCCAAUGCAUGUAUUCCAAGAUGGUAUGCCAAAACCAAGUGUUGCCUCUGCAGCGGCACCAGGAGGAAUAGGAUCAAACCAACCGCAAAAUCAAUUUAAUCAACAAAUCCAACAACAACAACAAAUGUAUCUGAAUGCUCAUCAAACUAAUGGGAGUCAUCAUAAUGGAGGAGGUAAUGUCCCAUCUCAUUAUCAAAAGAGACAAAGUAAAGCAUAUAGUGAAAACAGUAUGCAAUCUACACCAUCUUCUGAAACAAAGGAGAAAAAGAAGAGUAAACUCAAAAGAUUAUUCAAAAGUUAA